AGAAGAAUCAGUUCAGUCAGACACACAAACACACACCUCAGUGAAGCACCUGACAAAGUUCACAGCAGAUAACCAAAGACUGUCACCAACCAAUCAAAAUCAAGAAGGGGAGGGACUUGUGGCAAAUUUGUAAAAACAUUUGUUUUAGUUUAUUUGAUUUUUAUUGUGGCAGAUGUGGAGGAGCAGUCGUUUCAGCUGUUCUCCAAUCAGACUGCAGGAGGCAUGCGUAGCACUGUGACCUCCCACAGAGGCUGCACAAACACGAGCUUUAGCUCAGACCCUCGCAUGACGACGUUUCAAAGCGACAUUUUCAAAUCUGAACCAUCACGUGACGCACUUUAAUCACGUGUGUGUGACUUUAGAGACAGCAGGAGGCGCUGUCAACACAGAUAGAAGACAGGUUUGUAACCUAGCAACCCAUCUGAGCCUGUAAACGGCGCCUGUGGCAAGCCUCAGCCGAGCGUAAAUGUAAAAUCAGGUCUAAGGCGGCCGAUGAAGAAGCAGAGCCGGGGGAGGGGCAUGCUCUGCUUUUUUAACCUUAAUUUAGGAACCACUGGGAGGACGGGAGACAUCUGGGGCAUAGAAGGAAACACAUACAGAAGCAUGCAGCGGAGACGCAGAGUCAUGUGACCUGCGUCUUAUCUGAGCGCAUCAGCUGCUGCAACUUUGAACCAAGUGAAGAAAACGCAGUGCAGUCAAACCUCCUCCUCCUCUCUGCCCUCAGCUGGUUUUAUCCUCGCUCUCUCUCCUCAGCACAUCCCCUUCUUUCUUCCACUCUUCCUCUCGUCUCCUCCUCUGCCUCCUUUCCUCUUCAGUUCUCUUAUUAUUUCUCCAGCUUCGGUUUUAGCUGAUGUUCCUCGCUUCCUUUACAUCCCAACAUCUGUGUCUUUCACUCUUUUAUGCUUUCGUGCCUCUCUUUGCCUCCCUCUGAUGUAUUCCUGCUGCACUCAGCUCUCUGACUCCGUCUCCACCUGCAGCUCAGAGGAAGCCGCCGUUAUUAAAUUAAAAUCAGGUCUUAAAGGUCAAAACUGAGAGAUGAAGAUUCAUAGACAGCGGCUGACAGAGGGGCUGAGAGAGGCAAAGGAGCGGCGACGUUCAGCCAUCACAAUAUUAAUCCAGGGAAAUCUUAAUUUCUAUUCAUGUGCUUCUGGAUUAUUUCACUCUAAAAAAUGAAUUUACUGCUCCACCUUAAACACCCACAGCCUCUGCAGCCAGAGAGGUGGAGGAAGAAGCUGCGGGUGGGUGAGGCAGGAGGUCAAACUUCCUGUUUUGACUCUCACUAUGGUGAUGUUUGGUCUGCUUUGUGUUUUCUCCUCCACCUUUCCACUCUUGCUGCUCUUCACUGCUCCGCCUCUCAGCUCCAAUCAGCUGCUUUCAUCUCUCCACCGGUUCUCUCGCAGUCUUUCCUCCCUUCCUUCGGUCCUUCCUUUCUGUCUUUCCUUCCUGCCUCCUUCCCUGUGCACACUGGAGUCUUGCCGGGAGCUCGGGAGUCUUCACACAGAAUAUUUUAUGGUGUUCAGCUGAGCUCUCCGCCCAUUUUCACAUCUGGGCCACAUCUCCCCUCCUAACCCUCUCCAUCUCCACCUCCUCUCUCUUCUGAAAUGAAAAACUGAAAUGCUGAUUAUGAGUUCAGUGCUCGUGGGCACAAAGGAACAGGAGAAAGAGUGACAGGUGAGGCCGGAGCUCAGAGAAGCGUCGGGCAGUCAUGUCUUCUCACAAACACACACGAGCAUUUUUACAGCGCUGCAUUUGCACCAAGUUUCAUCAGCUCUGCUGCUUUGAUGAUUUACUGCAGGAUUGUGUGCUUCACUGCAAAAGCACGCUGACAGUAAGAAACACAAGUACUGAAGACAAACGAGUCCUUCGUGCAGCGGAUGCUUAAAGAGUGUCCCGAGACAAGAUCCUCAGGGAUAGCAGGAAGAAACGGAUCCAUACUCUGCGUGCUGCCCAGAAAUGAUUCUUUAUCAAAACUCUUCAGAAUCAGGAUGAGGGACAAAGAUCAUCAUUCACUCAGUCCGCCUCUCAGCAUCACAAUUAAGGAAACUGCAUCUCUCCACCAAAGCUGGAAACUGACGUGGAUCCGGACCAGAAUUCCUCCAUCUCCCGGUUUCUCUUCAUUUCUUUUGGUGCGUAUAUCUGAAGAUACCGGACGUCUGUAAAGGGAUCCAAGCCCGACCCCUGAGAACGUUUCCAAUGUGUUUGACAGUAAUCCUGCUAACAAACACACACAUGUCCUGGUCCCCGUGUCUGCCCGGCCGGCCCUGCAAGGCUACGUGUGUUUGAUUACUCUCUCCCUCUUUCUCUCGCCACUCCGCCUGGGCGGAGCUCACUGCGGGCUCCCGCCCUUGGCCCACACACCUGUUGGCCAUCAGGCUGCAUUUAAGGCUGGGACGCAGACAGUCUCAUUGCUGGAUGAUUGUGUGAGACACACCCGUGACCUACCCGCUCUGUGGACGUGUGUUAGUUGGAGUGUGAAGAAGAGAGCGAGAGUGGCAGUGCUUCCCCGACCCGGAUUUUCCCCACUGUAUAUAUUCUGCACCUGGUCCCUCCGGUACAUGACACACUGAGGCUCAAUGGGACUCAGUUAAGCUAACCGCAUUAACUGCAUGUGUUUGGACUGUGGGAGGAGCCUGGCGUACCUGGAGAGAACAUAAACUCCACCCAGAAAGCCAAGAUGAUGGACUCAAACCCACGACCAACAGUACUAACCACCGCGGUUAAACCACGUGGUUAGUACCUGCUGUUGGCUGACUUGUGACUGGACGAUAAUCAGUGAUCAGCUUUGGUUUUCAGGUAUUCUUCAGAGCGCCCCAGUCUGUUCUUCAUUGUGCUGAAGACUGCUGGGCGGCGGGACCCGCCUCCUCGCUCCUGUUGCAUUGGCUGCUCAUUGUUGUACUAAUAAUAAAGGAGACUUCCCCUGCGGUGCCAUCGGAGACAGAAAACAUCACGCAGCCAUGACUGAUGGAAGUGUGACGAGUGUCCUGCCUUCUGCUCUAUUAAUAAUUUACGUCGAGUUGAAUUAGAGCAGCUGGAAUAAUUCAAACCUCUGUGUUUUUGUUGGUUUCCUCUCUUUGAUUGCUCGGUUCUCUCUCGUUGCUCACCUUCAUAUUUCCUCUUCACCUUUCCCCUUUAUUUGCAUGAGCCCAUUAUCUUAUAAUUAAUAAAUGCAAUUAGACUUGUGAACCUUUCAGCAGACACACUCGCAGCAGAUAAUGAAAUGUGCUGCUGCUGCUGCUGCUGCGCGGCGAAUAAAUGUCGAUGAUGAUCGGAUCUACACACAGAGGAUGGAGCCUAACCUGCCAUGGUGCGAGACGCUCUUCCUGUAGAUGUUCCUGUGGUGGUUCAGCUGAAGGACGAGGCUUUGCCCUAAGCUCUGAUUCAAAGCCUCGGUCAGAAGGACUGCUGAGGUAUGAUGGCACUCAACCCCAGUCUGGUUCACUUCCACUCCCAUCAUGAGUCACGAGUGCACGCAGACAUGCACGAAGGGCUGCAAUGAGUCAUCGAGCAAUUCCAAUAAUUCGAUUAGAAAACACACUUCUUUGCUCUGUUUAACACGUGGCUCUGUAGCGCUACUGUCACCGUGGAAACAUGAGCAGGAGCAGUGCAUGAAUGAAAACAAUUACGCACACCGGCGCGUGAACAUGGAGGCAAAGAGGCGGAGCCAUCCCCAUGAUGCUGAGCUCAGGUUCCUGUGACCAACAUUACAACCUUCGCUGUGUUAAAGCUAGCAGGAGUCAGCAAACUGUGACGUGAAGAAAAGUUAACUCUGUAGCUCCGCCCACUAAGGUUGGCUGAUAUGUAAACAUUUUCUAACCAACAUUCGUCAGUCCAGUAACCGAAGAUAGGCGAUAUAUUCGCACAGGUGACUUUUUGAUGAGCGGAGCGAUGUAAUCAUGCAUGGACUGAUUUGUGUGUUUAGAAUUUAUACGUUUUGUUUGGAGGGAAUUUUUGACCUUUUCUUGUUUGUUUCAGUAUUAAUGUAGACACUUACUGGGUUAUUUAUUUAUUUAUUUGUGAUGUGAAAGAUGUAACUGAAAGAUGUAACUUUACAUCAGAGAUUUUUUUUAGUGUUCGCUGGAAGAAAUAUUUUGAUUUUUAACUGAGUUUUUGUUGAAUUGUGUAUUUGUUGUUUGGUCGAGUGUGUAAGACAAACACAGUUAGAGUGGAAAAAGAAGCCAGUCUCUCUUUGCCUCCCUCCACACCACUGUGGGUUUUUAUUCAAAUCAAAUGCAGCCCUAAUUUCAUCACGUAAAGGCACCGUCUAGACCUCAGACUCAGCAACACUCUGACCCAGUGACAGUCAGCAACAACACUUGGACCUAAUGACAGUCAGUCCUUAACAUGUUUGCUUCCUCUUUCUGAAACUUGCUUCUGGGCAGGAGGACAUUAAAGCUUUGUGACUGAAGGCUGAGCAGCUGAUGGCCGAGCUCUGUUGAUGAUGAUGAGUGGCCGAUGAAGCAGCGGCUCUUAAUGUAUGACAGGAUGAUUCAAAGUGUAAAUAGAAACAAUGAACGGUUUGAUGGUGCUUGUUCUUCGAAGGCUGUCCUCGUCUGUGUGGUUCCUCUCAGACUUCAUUUCUCUCUCUGCUUCCUCUGAUGAUUCUUUAAUCCACUGAGCCGUUUGGCUUCAAAUAUUAAUAAUCACUGAAUUAUUCACACACUACCAAUCUGUAUGUGUGUGUGUGUGUGUGUGAGAGGAAACCACAGAGACUGAAAUGCUCUUGGAGAAACUUUGAUUUUGUGAGUUUUUCUCUCUGCUCCAGUUCCAGUUAUCAGUCAUGGAUGUGAUUACAUAUGAUCACAAAUCAUUCUUCCAAUCUUCACAAGGCGUGCUCCACUUCUGUUUCCUUUGAUAAAAGUAAGGAAACACUCUCACAUUUAUCUUUUACUGACAAACUCAGGGUUAUGGACUGGAGGAGGGUGUGGUUAACAUCCACCUAUUUCUAAAGAAAGGACACCUCUCAUGACAAACGCAACACCAGAACACAAAGUUAACAGUACAGCCUCCCUGUUGCCCCUGGUGCUGGCCUGGUGGAGUCACCCGGUGCUGACCCGGUGGUGUCACCCCGGUGGUGUCACACAGUGCUGACGUGGUGGUGUCACCCCUGUGGUGUCACACUGUGCUGACUCGGUGGUGUCACCCUGGUGGUGUCACACGGUGAUAUCACACGGUGGUGUCACAUGGUGCUGACCCGGUGGUGUCACCCCGAUAGAGUCACCCUGGUGGAGUCACCCUGGUGGUGUCACACAGUGCUGACCUGGUGGUGUCACCCGGUGGUGUCACCCCGAUAGAGUCACCCUGGUGGAGUCACCCUGGUGGUGUCACACAGUGCUGACCUGGUGGUGUCACCCGGCUAUAGCAGAUGCUGUUGCAUUUGUGCCGAUGGCUCUGUGGAUAGAUCAGGUGGACGUGCCAACUAGUGCUGGGCGAUAUGACGAUAUAUAUCAUGUGGACGAUAGAAAAGUGUCUAUCAUGCCAUUUGUAUUCUAUUGUUUCUAAUUUUAAAAAUUAAUACAUAAAAAAUAAAAUUAAAUAGCCUGGGGGCAAAUAUAUUAAUGUUGUUUUGUCACUAUUCAUACUCUAACUUUAUGCAAGAGAAAAUGAAGUAUAAAAAAAUGAUAUUUUUCGGCGAAGAAAUAUCCACAAAGAAACUCCGUCUUGUGGUUUUGCGACAUGGUGCUGCUUUACGUGCACCCGGAUUUGCGACAUGCUCAAAACUCUAAACGAUGGACACGCGACAGGUUGCAGUUUCAUGCCCGGACAUGCAACAGGCAGAGACAGCUACACAGGCAGCCCAAGAAGAAGCACUUUUACCGAAAAGAGGGGGUACAUCUGUGAUUUGGUAACUCCUGUGUGUGGCAGGAGGGGAUGCGACACACACACACACACACACUGCAGUUAGGGUCAGACACAGAGAUGGGCAAACAGGAAUUAAGCUCUGAAACAAAUACUUCCCAAGAGAAAACUGUAGGUCCGAUCGCAAAAAUUCUUUCACCGUGAGUGGCAGGAACUUCCAGACUACAACAUAUUAAAUUUUCAUGCCUGUGGAGUGUAUUAUACUGACGUGGUGACAGUGUAAAGACACCCUUCGAUGUUAAAUUUGAGCUGAAAAUUGAGAGUAGCUUUUGAAUGGUCGUCUAUGGGGGACAGAGAGGGAGGAGGCUCCACUUUGAUGGCAUUUGUGAGAAAAAUGUAAAUCUGAUCUCAAUGAGGAAGACACUGGAUGAAAGAAGACAACGAUAGCUACGUUUUGAUGUAUAAAUUAUAGAUGUAGGGCAAACUGUUUGGGUGGGACAGGACAAGAAACACAAAUUUUUAAAAUUAUUCUCCACACUCUGGUUUUAUGGCAGUUGACAGUAGCGCGAACAUUCCGUGAAAAUCUUAAUUUUCCUAAAACUUAAACUGCUCUUGUGAACCAACAGUAAAAGAUAUCGCAAUGAGGAUUUGGGCAAUAAAAGUCCAAAAUCUUGUGACCCGUUUAAAGUUUAAAUGACGUUUCUACAACAAAGUAUGGCAGAGCGGUAGGCCUUCAAAGUGGCCUGUGUUGGUGCCUUUUUUCGGGCCCUUCCCCAUCGAAAUGAAUGGGGAAAAAUGGGGUCUUUUUUUGGGAAUUUUGGGAAAACCGUGCGACGAAUCCCUACCAAGAGUCAUAAUAAUAGGAAUAAUAAAUCUGUCGAAUAGUAAUAAGUGUGCCAUUACAUAGGCACACUUAAUAAUUCUCCCGUUCAUUGAUCUGAGCAUGCGCAGAAUGAUCCACAGCGCUCCUUUGAUCCUUUGAUCUUCUCAAAGGUCAAUGAUCCUUUGAUCUUCUCAAAGGAUCAUUGGGGGACAUCACAUUCUCUCCACACACACUAAGUCCUUAAAUAGAGGUCCUUUAACAGUUUAGACAAAGCUAACCUUUGCAUUUAAAUACUUCAGAGAUUUAACUUUUUUGAGCUUUAAACCUCCAAAGAAAUGUCACAGGGAACGUCGAAUAAUCCAUCUGGAAGCAGAGAUCAGUCAGACCCAGUGCAGCGUACGGCAGUUGAAGUUCUAAGUAUUGUUUUAAGUGAAAUCAUGGACAUCGCUGAAUUUAACAGACGCCUCAGGCAAGACAACAGACAACUCAGGCAAGAGAUCAUUCAAAUCAAUCGAGAAAAUGCACAACUCAAUCGAGAAAACACAGAACUUGGGCAAGUGAUCACACGACUCAGGCAAGAGAACGCAGAACUCAGCGAAGCGAUCAGACAACUCUGGGAAGAGUUCGAUCAAGAAAAUGUAGAACUUAGGCAAGUGAUCACACGACUCAGGCAAGUGAUCACACGACUCAGGCAACAGAACGAAGAACUCAGGCAAGAGAACAGACGACUCUGUGAAGAGAUCACACAACUCAGGGAAAGGAACGAAGUACUCGGAAAUGAUGUCGGAUGGCUCAUUGUUCUUUCUGCAGCUGCUUUCUGGGUGGCCUCUUGGUUUUUCGGCUGAAGGGAAUGUCCUACUCUGUAGGGUCAUGAUUAUUAUCAUGACACUCUGUGGGGUCAUGAUUAUUAUCAUGACGCUCUGUGGGGUCAUGAUUAUUAUCAUGACCCCACAGAGUGGGGAUCGCUUGCGUGUGCUUGCAUGCACACGUCCCAUCGACAAUUGUGGAUUGUGGUCCACAUACACAAUUACAGCUCUACUGUAAUUGUGGAUGUGGACCAGUUACCCUUUAAAAACAGUAAUGAUCUUUUCCAGCCACAGUCCACCUUCAUCCUGGCGUUGUUCCCGCUGGUGCAGGGUCCGCUCCUCAGCAAAGGUUUCUCCAUUUGGUUCUGUCCAAGGCGUCCUCAGGUGACGCGUUGACCGUCUUAAUGUCUUCCUUGAUUUUGUCCAUCCACCGUUUUUUCGGUCUGCCUCGAGGCUGGUGUCCGUCUGGGUCGAUCCUCAUAGCGGUUUUUGCUGAGUUCUCAUCGCUUCGAAUCACGUGUCCAUACCACCUCAGGCGGGAUUCGAGCAUCUUUUGAACUCGAGCCAGUCCACCGACCUGUCAUAAAUACGCUGUGCUCUCCUUUAUGUUUGAUUUUAUUUUGCCCCUCACCUCCCAACCAGUCAUGGCAGAAGACCGCCCCUCCCUGAGCCUGGUUCUGCCAGAGGUUUCUUCCUGUUAAAAGGGAGUUUUUCCUCUCCACCGUUGCCAGAGUGCUUGCUCAUAGGGGAUCAUUUGAUUGUUGGGGUUGAAUUUUUGGAUUUCAUUUCAUUGGCUUGAACUGAAAAACCUAAAAAUUCAGCUGAGGGGUUCACAUAGUGGAGAGCACUACAUUUGUUAACUGCACUUUUUUUAUUUGUAGUUUUUGUAGUUCUUCCUACUACAAAAACUACAAAUGAAAACAAGGCAGUUAGCAGCAAAUGAAAAUAAAUAAAACACAUUUUUAAAAAAAUCUGCUACUGCUCUGUGUGUUUACUUCAGUGAACACUGUAUGUUUUUGUGUUAGAAGAUUAUAGAUUGUCCAAAAUAUCCUACACCUUGAUGUUGGUGGGGCUCCAGAGGCACCAGCAGCUUCAAAUAUGUGUUUGCUGCUUUGUAAUGGCCUUUUAGCAGCUGCUCUCUUAAUCGGAUGUAUUUGUCCCGCAGAAACCUUCCUCGUUGAGCCUUUAUCUGCACGAACCCGUGUGUGCUCUGACUCAGCCACAGAUCUCCUAACGUUACGGUGAUCACGAUUAAGUUUUCAUGAAAUAUCUCAGGUUUUCACUACGUGUCCAAGGCAUUUAGCUAUUUCACACUUUUCAGCAGCAGAGAGAUCCUUUUAUUUUUCCAUAUUGUUAACUGUCAGUUUGUUCAUUUCCUCAGUGUUCUUUAGUGUUAAAGUGUUAGAGUGAAGCACAGCCAUUUCUAAAGUGUCUGCAGGCACUGACGUGUCCACAGACGUGUGGAUUUGUGUGCUGCUGUGUUCACUUGUGUGUUUUUGUGCACUCGGGGGGACGGUACCUGUCUUGUCGUCAUCUCGUAGACAAAUAUUUGACGACGUCUAGAAGAGAAGUCUGAGUCGCCGUCCAAACGUCUGCCUGCAGCACAACCUCCGUCUCUCAGCGCUCAGCAUGCACGCUGAAAGAGCCCUCAGGUCUGAGAGAUACACUGGAGUCAUGGGAAUUGCAAGAAUGCCACCUUGUCUGUGUCACCACGGAUAACGCCACUAACAACAUCUCUGCAAUGGAACUGAACCAGUGGGAACGGCUACAAUGCUUUGGUCACCGCCUACAGCUAGCUAUUGAGAAUGCUCUAAAAGCUCUUACACCAGUAUCUGCAAAACAGGCUGUGGAACGAGCAGUUGGAGUGUGUAAAAAGGUGGCGAGUGCCUUCUCCAAGUCAUGGAAGAAAAAACGUGAAUUGGCCAAGGCGCAAGCGGUGCUGGGCUUGCCUCCUCAUCAGCUCAUCACUGAAAGUCCUACAAGAUGGGGCUCGCGGCAGAUGAUGAUAGAGAGGUUCCUGGAGCAGGAGAAUGCUCUUUCACAGGUUGCAGACAAGAAGACAAGACAUCUGGUGCCAAGCUGGCAAGACGUGGCAUUGCUAGAGUCCUUGAACAAGGCACUGGGUCCACUGUUCGAGUUUACUGAUGCUUUGUCAGGGGAGGGCUACGUCAGCGUAUCUUUUCUGAAGCCAGUUCUGCACCUCUUCAACAACGAAAUCCUCAGUCAGAAGGAUGGAGAGACAGAGCUCACAAAAGCAGUCAAAGACGGUAUCCUCAAGUACCUCAAUGAAAAGUAUGAUGACCAUGCCACCAACAACCUCCUAGACAUGGCAACACUUCUUGACCCACAGUUUAAGACAGCCUACAUCAAGGAAGAGAGGGUGGAGUUCAUAAAGAUGAGAGCUGCAGCAGAGCUGGUGGACAUGGUGGGAGCAACAGCACCAGAAAGUGCACAAACAGCAGCAGCCUCCAGUUCACCCCCAGCUGCUGAAGAUGAUCCAGAGCUUCCCCGUCCCACAAAGAAAAAAAAAAGUUUAGGUAGCUAUUUCAAAAAGGCAGGUCAAUCCACCACCCACUCCCAACCCAGCAGAGCAUCCAUUGAACUGGAGCUCUCCAUGUAUCUUCAGACACCUGGGCCUGACUCAGAGACUGACCCACUGUGGAAGCAGCAUGAGACAAACUUUCCAUUGGUGGCCAGGCUGGCCAGAAAGUACUUGUGCAUUCCUGCUACUAGUUCUUCAUCCGAAAGGGCUUUCAGUGCGAGUGGGAACAUCAUCACAUGUAAGAGGUCAGGUCUUAAGCCAAACACAGUUGACCAACUAGUCUUCCUUGCACUCAACCUGUAAAUUCAACAGUAACAUAUCUACUUCUGCAAAGUAGCCAUUUUCUGUUUUCACUUUAAUUUAUGGUUAAUGCCUUAAACAGAGUUCUGUUCAACCCUGAUGCUUAAUUUUGUCACUUUAUAUUGGUUUGCAAACUUUGCAGUACAAGGUUACAGAUUUCAGAAAGUUAAGAAAUAAUUUGUUUAUUUUUUAUAGCUGAACUUUUGUGCAAAUCUGAGUUUUCUUCUCAGAAACUUGAAACUGUUGUGCACUUUAAGUUUAUUUUGACAAUUCAUUUUAAAUGUACGUUUUGGAAAAAAAAUGUGAAGGCCACAGCUGUUUUCAUCUGAUACAUUUAUAUUAAAAUGUAUGUUUCUCAAUUGUGACAGUUCCGUUAAAAGUCUCUUCAAAAUAAAGUUGGAGAAAAGUGAGGGAUGACAUUUGUCAAACUUUUCAGAGAAUAACUGGAAACAUUGUGGUAUAUCGUGAUAUAUAUCGUUAUCAUGAUAUAAAAUAAUUCAUAUCGUGAUAAAUAUUUUUUCCAUAUCGCCCAGCCCUAGUGCCAACGAUGUGAGCCGCUCUCACACAUUGUGCCGUGUGCUGAAGCAAACCUGAGGCUGAUCUACGAUCACAGGAAAGUGCACACGUUCAGAGGAGUUUACAGGAGAUAAUGCUGCCUCCGAGAAGCAGCUGCAUAAACAGCACUGUGCAGUCCCUGCUUUAAUGACACAGUUCAUAAAGACGUAUCUGCGCCCUGACUCACUCGAAGCUUUUUUAUAUGCCUGUGUAUCUUCAGAGGAAAGAGCUGUUGAAGGAAAGCCUCUCUCAGCGACAAUCACAGUCUAAUUCACGGCUGGCAGCUGCUGCAGAGGUUCACAGUAUCAUCAUCCCUCUCCUCUGGUCACAGCAUCAUCAGCCAUGUUCUGAAAGAAAGCCAUGCAAAGGAUCUACAAUUAUCUCCACCCUGCUGGAUUGGAGAGAGAGGGAUUACUGAAGCACGUCCCACAGCAGAGAAGGCUUUUCCGUGUUCUCUGAGGAUUACACUGCUCCUUUUGAGACUUUAGGACCUCUCCCACUCAUUUCUACACAGCUGCUCUCUGUGCAAAACACUAAUAGUAUUAGACCAAGCAGCCAGCGUGCAUCACAGUGACAUAAAACAGAUGCCUUUAAUGCCUCUCAGCACUCUCUGCUUGUAGCAGCACAUACACUUUAUCCAUCCUCACAAUGUUCCCGAUGGAUUCAGUGAUCCCAGGUCGUAUACCGCCUCUCCACAGACCUCUGGAUCUGCUCCUGUUGGCCUGUCCAGAGGAAAACAUGUGUCCUCUCAGGGUGGAAGAGCUCCUGCCAGAGCCAGGACACCCGUCAGAGGAAACUCCUUCCUGUCACUCUCAUUCCUUCUGCCCUGCCCACAGCUGUGCUCACAGCACAGGGGUGAAUGUAGACGGCUCAGUAAGUCCACAGCUGAAGGUCAGCAGCUGCAUUGCGUGCAGGAAGGAGGAGGAGAUGGGCUCCUCGCUAAUCCUGUAAUAUUACAGAUUAUAAUCUCGAAACUUCUUCACACGAGUUUACCUGUGAAACCUGCAUCUGAAGGCGAGGUGAAGGUGGUGUGGCUCCAGAGGUCCUGUCAUUUUUAAAAAUGUUCUCCCACCGGUGAACUCCACCGCUCUUCAUCACGUCCCUGUUUAGAGCUGCUGGAGUUCACUCUUCAUCUUCACAGUUAUAUCUUCAGCCUGCUCUGUAGCUCACCUGCUGACCUCUGUCUAACACCUGGCUAAAGAGCCUGCAGAGAGCCAGACACAGAGCUGUGCCUGCUUGUGUGCAGCAUGCUGAAGCAGUGUG